AUGUCUCGAAGGAUUUCGGAUGACACCUUGCCUUCCAUUUUUAACCGCGAAAAUGUCCGUAAUUUUCGUGGUGAGAACAUUCCGGAAGGUGAAUUUGUGGCGGAUCCAGUUGAUGCGAUUCAGGCUGAGGAGUACUGGAUUCCUAUGUGUACCAGGAGGAUCCCUCACCUCGAACCAUGGAUCCCUACGAGACCUACUGCCAAAAGGACCAGGGGAAGGCCAAGUCGAUGUACCUUCCCAUUCCUUGAUACCGUGCGGAGUUGGACCGGCCUUCGGUUGCUGCGUCGUGUCUCCCUUUGUUUAGGCGGUUGUGGGGAAUAUGAGUUUUCAAUCCUAUUCCUCCGUUACCUGAAGACUUGA